AUGCCUACAUACACAAUCUUUUUGGACCGUAUAUCCAACGGAGAUCCCCAAAAUGACAAUAUCAACGGCACCGCGUUUGAGCAUGUCCUCAACUCUAAUCAGAUGCGCCACGGUGGUGAUUUGGAAGGCCUGAUAGAUACACUGGAUUAUAUUGAGGGAAUGGGAUUCAAGGUCAUCUAUUUUGCCGGAACGUACAUGAUGAACUUACCCUGGGCCUACGAUGGGUACUCGCCGGUCGAUACCACUCUCCUCGACAUGCAUUACGGAACACUGGAGGACUGGAGGCGAGCCGUUGACGAGAUUCAUAAGCGGAACAUGUAUAUUGUGGUAGAUAACACACUGGCAACAAUGAGCAACUUGAUCGGAUUCAAAGGCCAUCUGAACGACUCCGCCGAUUUCAAAGCAUCAGAAUAUGAAGUUCAAUGGGUUACCGACAGAGAAUACGUCGACUUCAAAUUCGGUAACGACUAUAACGAAACUUGCAACUAUCCAAAGUUCUGGGAAGAGACUGGAUACCCAUUAACAGACCAGGGAGUUCAAAAUUUAAAGGGUUGCUACAACAGCGAUUUUGAUCAAUAUGGAGAGUUAGAGGCAUUCGGUAACUUCCCCGACUGGCAGCGUCAACUUACCAAGUUCGCCUCCGUGCAGGAUCGCCUGCGUGAAUGGCACAAGCCGGUUCGCGAUGUGAUCACUCAACAUUCCUGCCUUCAGAUCGCGAGUCUGGAUAUCGACGGUUUCCGCUUUGACAAGUCUGUGCAAGCGACUCUCGAGCCCCUGAGUGAGAUGCUUGCCGUCUACCGUAAAUGCGCGGUGAAACUUGGCAAGAAGAAUUUCUUUCUCCCCGGCGAGAUUACGUCCGGAGAUAGCUUCGGCAGUCUCUACCUCGGUCGCGGUCGCCAGCCAAAUCAGCGCACGGCCAAUGCAGGCGCGGGUGUCAAGAUUACGAACACUUCGGAGUCGGCUUUCCUUAGAGAAGAUGGGUUGCAAGCUUUGGAUGGCUCCGCAUUUCAUUACACCAUCUAUCGUUCGAUGACCCGCUUCCUGGGCUUGGACGGUAACCUGGUUGCCGGCUUUGACCUACCUACCGACUUCAUUGAAGCCUGGAAUCAGAUGCUCAUUACCAACGAUUUCCUUAAUGCUUUUACAGGGAAAAUCGAUCCUAGGCACAUGUAUGGUGUCUCAAACCAGGAUAAUUUCCGCUGGCCAGCUCUUCAGAAUGGCACAGCCAAAUACCUCCUGGGGUUAUAUAUCAUCACGCUGGAGCUUCCUGGAAUCCCUCUCGUCUUGUGGGGAGAAGAGCAGGAAAUGUACGUGUUCGACGCUACUGCAUCGAACUACAUGUUCGGCCGGCAGCCCAUGACGUAUCAGACCGCAUGGUGGACACAAGGCUGCUUCAACCUGAAUACAUCAAAGUUCUACGAUUUUCCUAUCGAAAAGGGACGCGAUGGUUGCAAUGACAUCACGGUCACGUAUGACCAACGGAAUCCGGCCCAUCCACUCCGCAACAUCAUGAAGCGAAUGUUCGAGAUUCGAGCCCAUUACCCAGUCGCACAGGACGGCUUAUACCUCGAAACACUCUCUCAACUCACAAAAGACAUCUACCUUCCUGGUUCUUCUACCACCCCCACGGUCACUGGUCUUUGGUCGGUCUUGCGAAGCUAUUUCCCCGGGGUACAAACGGACGCAAUCCUAGCCAACGAAACUCUCUGGCUUGUGUAUCAAAACGGAAACUCGACCGAAACAUACGGAGGUAACUGCAGUGAUAAAAAUACAUCCUUGUUGGCACCAUUUGUAUCAGGGACAAAAUUGAAGAAUCUCUUCUAUCCUUACGAUGAGCUUACUUUGGAAGAUGGUCCCGGAGGGUCCAACAACACCCAUGGAUGCGUCCGUAAAAUGGACCUGCUUCCAUGGGAAUACCGGGCCUAUGUCAAGAGCGCCAACUUCAUUGAGCCCGGACCUACCGUCACCGACUUCUUCCCGGGACAUGAUGCUCGGUUGUUAUCUUCAGAAGACACGGGUGAAAUUCUGCCUGUUCAGCUUGGAUAUUCUACAGAGAUGGACUGUGACAGCAUCACAAAGGCAGUUUACCUGAAUUCUACAACGGAGAAGAACAUCACCGCCGAGCUUGACACGUCUAGCGUUAACUGCACCAAAAUCCCUGCCAGGACCACGAGCCAUGCCUUCACCGGAGAAAUCCCGACUGUUUGGACAUGGUCUGCAAACCUGAAAAAAGUGCACCACGGAAUCCACCAACUGACCGUCAAAAAUGUGUCCUCUUCUGGAGUUUAUACCAAUUCAACCGACCGGUUCCUGCUCCGCCUCGGCGCUCAUGACAAUCCUCUGAUUUCUCCGCUUGCCAACUACUCUUCCAGCCUAGUCCACAAGAGCAACGACGAUUUUUAUAUCCAGCACAGGGCUGCCGGUGCAGACAUGUUCCGAUACUCUUCUGAUUUCGGUCGGAGCUGGAACGACUGGGCGACGUAUUCAGGUGGCAACACGACUGUCAACAUUCCGAAGUGGACUGGCACGCACUCCCAGAAGUGGGAAGGAACUCACGUACGAGUGCAGUACUUUUCAAGGCUCACUGGAAGCAGUGAUUACCUCCAGGAAGGUGAUCAUGCGAGCGAUAGAGUCCGAAGAUUUCCGCACCUGUGGUUCAACGGUCCAUACAAUCAAUACGGCUAUGAUGCAGGAAUGGACAGCAAGAUGAAGUUCGAUUCCAAAACGUCUCGCUGGAACUACGACUUUGUCUACGAAUGGCCGGCCGUGGGCCAGCUUAAUGUUUGGGGUUCGGACGGUAACGGAAAUCCUGAUAAUACCGAAGUCUACGGUGAUGUCGGCAACUCGUCUUCAGUCCAAAAGCUUCCUCCGUCCUAUCUCGCAUCCAACGUCAUCAACAUUACUACCCUGCCGCCAUUCCCGCAUCUUGGCUGGACCAUCUCCCUCAACGAUGGCAACCUAAGAUACCAACUGAUCCCCGUUGGAUCGGGAUGGGCACAACUGGUCCUCUAUGUUCUUCUGUGGGUUGUUCCGAUUCUUAUGGGCUUGGCUGGUGUCUUCAUCUUUAUCGGAAACUUCUACCGCGUCAAACUCAACAAAGAUGGAAAUGUUACCAAGGCCGACAAAUUCCCGGUACUGUUUUGGCGCAGACUCAAAGGAACGUUCGCCCAAAAUGAUGAUGUCGAGGAGAUAAAUAUGGUUGAAAAGGCUGUGCCAACGAACAUGGCUCUGGCAGGAGCGAGCGACCAGCGACGCACCGUAUUGAUUGCUACUAUGGAGUACGAUAUCCAGGACUGGCAGGUCAAAGUCAAGAUUGGUGGUCUAGGAGUAAUGGCGCAGCUCAUGUCACAGAAUUUGAAACAUCAGAAUCUCAUCUGGGUGGUUCCUUGUGUCGGUGAUAUUGAUUACCCCGUGGAUACACCUACUGAGCCUUUCGUGGUGACGAUCCUAGAUCAUCCCUAUUCGGUUGAGGUACAGUAUCACGUCGUCGAUAACAUCACCUACGUCCUCCUUGAUGCCCCGGUUUUCCGACAGCAGACCAAGGCGGAGCCUUACCCUCCUCGUAUGGAUGACCUUGACAGUGCGAUUUACUAUUCGGCCUGGAAUCAGUGCAUCGCAGAGGUAAUGAACCGAACACCCUCCAUUGAUCUCUACCAUAUCAACGACUUCCAUGGCUGUCUGGCACCGCUUUAUCUGCUCCCGUCGCGAACCAUCCCGGUCUGCUUAUCCUUGCACAACGCAGAGUUCCAAGGUCUUUGGGCUCUGAGAACCUCACAGGAGAAGAAAGAAGUUUGUUCUGUCUUCAAUAUCCCGGUUGAAGUAGCGACCAAAUAUUGUCAGUUUGGCAACGUUUUCAACCUGCUUCACACCGGCGCUAGCUACUUGCGAUUCCAUCAACGCGGCUUCGGUGCAGUAGGUGUGUCUGAGAAAUACGGAAAGCGCUCAUGGGCUCGUUAUCCAAUCUUUUGGAGUCUUGCCAAGAUUGGGAGUCUUCCCAAUCCAGAUCCCUCCGACACGGGCGCUUUGAAGAAAGAAACCGACGUGCAAAUUACGGUCCAGUCUGCUAACGAGUCGAUCGACGACAAAAUCCAGGAUAAAGUCCAGGCACAGAAAUGGGCUGGCUUGAAUGAAGACCCCAACGCUGACUUACUGGUGUUCGUGGGAAGAUGGUCGAAGCAAAAGGGUGUCGACUUGAUUGCGGAUGUUAUGCCGGCUGUCUUAUCUGAAAGACCUAAUGUUCAGCUGAUCUGUAUUGGCCCCAUCAUCGAUCUUUAUGGAAAGCUAGCUGCUAUCAAAUUGGAGCGAAUCAUGCAGAUGUUCCCAGGUCGUGUCUUCUCAAAGCCAGAGUUUACGGUCCUUCCCCCCUUCGUGUUCUCUGGUGCCGACUUCGCUCUGAUCCCAUCUCGUGACGAGCCCUUCGGACUGAUUGCCGUUGAGUUUGGUCGUAAGGGUGCACUUGGAAUUGGUUCUCGCAUCGGAGGUCUAGGCCAGAUGCCUGGAUGGUGGUACACUGUGGAAUCCGACUCGGCCCGCCAUCUUUUGCACCAGUUGAGAACAGCCAUCAAAUCUGCCUUGGAUUCAUCACCAGAGACCCGACAAGAAAUGCGUGCAAAUUCUGCCAAACAGCGAUUCCCCGUUCUCGAGUGGGUUCAGAAGCUCGAAGUUUUGCAACGGACUGCUAUCCACAUCCAUCACCAAAAGAAUCAACUCACCGUUGCACACUCGGCUCGAGAGUCCCAGAUCUACUGGGAGACACCAGGCUUGCGGGACUCCGGAAUGAUCACCCGACCUUCAUCAUACCAGACAUUGUCCGGGGCUUUGGAUGCGCCACCAGGGAGAGGCCCGCAGCCCACCCAGCCUUCCCUUCUACAGCUGCAGGCUGUCGAGGCCCAAGAAAUGCAAGCAGCCGAAAACAGCAGAGGCAGCACGUUAAAUCGCAAUUUAUCGCUCGGUCGACGAUCUGGACCCGGACAUGGCAGAAAGCGCCUGUCCAAGAAACCACGGCGCGACAGUCAGAUGCUUGAACCCGUCGACGGUGAGACCACAGACGCUGACGAUGACGGCUUUGCUACACCCCAGGAGAACUUGAUUACUCAAGAAGAGGCCAUGGCGGCCGUCAAUCUACCUCUCCAGGAUAUUGCAACACACCCCAGAAACAGAGAUCACUCUCGUGCUGGGUCUAGCUCGUCGGCCUCUGAGUCAUCUCGGUUCCUCUCAAGGGACUCCUCGCCAGUGAGACUAGCUCGUGACUUUUCUGAUCCAGCUACACCUUUUGCUCAAGAGGGCCGGAAUAUUUCUGUUCUCUCCUUGCCUUCUGUUGUUAACGACCAUGAUCAACCCAACUUCCAUCUGCAAAAGGUCGACCCGACAUUCACAGACAGCAUGGGCCACUUCACGCGGAAUUUCGAAAACCUGCUCACCGACCUCAACAAGAAAAACUCAAUCUCAGAUUAUUGUAUCGAGCUUUAUUUGAUGAAGAGCGAGCGGAAGUUCUUCUACAUGUACAACGACGCGCAGUUGAAGAAGCAGCCCAAAGAACGUCCCACUGGAGCUGGCAUAAACAACACUGUCGAGAACACACCGUACAAUCUCGUCACAGAAGGUUCUGAACAGUCGGAUGCGCACAACACAGAUGAAAUUGAUCAGUGGCUCUCUCGUCUGGGAUAUAAGAGACCCAUAGCCAUCCAGCGCUUCAUGAGAUGGCGCGUCGGAAACUGGCCUGUCUAUGCUCUCUUCUUGGGUCUAGGACAGAUUAUCGCAACGAACUCUGCACAGAUCACCCUGUUGGCUGGCCAGAUUGGUGAGACCGCAGUCAAGCUCUACGUUAUCGCAGCAAUUUACUGCGUCUCUUCCAUUGCCUGGUGGUGCCUGUUUUUCCGGUUCCCGGCUGUGAUAGUGCUCACUCUCCCCUGGUUCAUAUAUUCCAUGGCAUUCGUCACCAUUGGAGUUUCUCCGUUCGCACUCUCGGAUCUUGGUCAAUCAUGGGCUCAGAAUGUCGCCGCAGGUGUCUAUGCCGCAGCAUCUUCCAGUGGUUCAUUGUUCUUCGCUCUCAACUUUGGUGAUCAAGGUGCCGUCCCCGUGAAGGAUUGGAUGUUCCGCGCAGGCCUCAUCCAGGGAAUUUCACAGCUCUACACUGUUGCGCUGUGGUACUGGAGCUCCAGAGUCACUUCAGCGGAAGUGGGAGGUGUUUCCAAGGUUGCCCUGAAUUCAUGGAAACUCACGGCCGUGGUAAUGCCUAUUGCCGCAGUUUGUUUCAUUAUCGGUGUACUGCUUGCCCUUGGCUUGCCCAAGUACUACCGCCAAGCACCUGGAAAGAUCCUCUUCUUCUACACCUCCCUCUUCCGUCGUCGAAUCGUCCUCUGGUUCUUCUUCAUGGUCAUCAUCCAGAACUGGUUCCUAUCCGCGGCAUUCGGUCGCAACUGGUCCUUCCUCUGGACUUCUCAACACACGAAAACAUGGGAAGUCACUCUCCUGAUCAUCUUCUUCUUUGUUCUUGUCUGGGUCGCUGUGAUGCUCCUCUUCCGCUACUUGUCUAAGGAACACAGUUGGAUCUUGCCUGUCUUUGGUUUGAGCAUUGGUGCACCGCGAUGGGCGCAAACAUGGUGGGGAACAUCUAAUAUCGGCUACUAUCUUCCAUGGGCAGGGGGGUUGACUUCUGGUGCUAUUGCGUCCCGCUGUCUUUGGCUCUGGCUCGGUGUUCUUGAUGAGAUCCAACAAGUCGGUUUGGGAAUGAUUCUCCUUCAGACUUUGACAAGAGUGCACGUCGUUUUCGUUCUGUUGGCCGCGCAAGCUCUUGGAUCUAUCGCCACUAUCUGUGCUCGUGGAUUUGCACCAAACAAGAUCGGCCCAGGAGACAUCUCUCCAGCUAUUGGAUCGUCGUUAAGUGCCGUUGGCAAUGCGUGGUUCUGGAUUGCCCUUUUCUUCCAGCUUCUGGCUAGCUUUGGUUUCCUUCUCUUCUAUCGCCGUGAACAGCUCAACCGGCCCUAG